AUGGCCAAUAAAAAACCCCUUGUCGAAUUAAUCGAUUUAAAAUAUACGACCCCAAAAAAUAAACCGAACAAGUUUAACGAUGACCUUGGCAACGAAACUGGACGUGAUAGCGCGCGAUUUGGGGAGAAGACGGAACUGCCUGUGGAUUCCACCGAUCCGGAGGCAGCCCUCUUCUCCAGUGUUGAUAGUGGUGACUGCUCAAGUGCAGUAGAACGGCCCCGUAAGGGGAAAGAGAAGGGCGGGUUGACUUUGGACCCGAUACCACUGGUUCUUAGCGGCAAGAACCAGAGGUCGAAGGCACAUGCACCCCCCAGAACCUACAAGGCGAAAGCUGGAGGGAGCCUUGGGGAUAAGGAGAAAGGCCUGAGUAGGCAAAUGAAGGAACCGGAGGGGGCGGCCGUGUCUAUCUCGGAGUCCGAAUCGGACUGCUCCGGGAUGGAUACUGCUAUCUCUUACUCCGACGGAGGCUCGACUGCCGGCGGAAGGCGGCGAGCUAAGAGAGGUGCUCCAGAGGCGGACAGUAGUGGCGAGUCGUGUGCCAGCUACAUUUCUGUUGCGUCUACACUGAAGAGCUCAGCGAAACGAGGCAGAGGUAGACCGCCCACUACUGGGCACUACGUCGGCCUCGCAAGGGCGAAAGAGGACCUGAUCAAGGCCAAACAGGCUGAAAUGGACCUAGAUUCGGAGAUCGAGAUGGCAAGUACCCUGAAGUCGGCCCUCAAAAUCCCGGCUGACUCCCUGCAGAAGCGGGUUGAGAAUGGCGUGGAGUUAAUACUCCAAGUCGCCAACAAGUCAAAGAACCUCAAGGGUACUUACGUCCGUGUCCUAAAAGUGGCUGCGGAUCAAAUUAGAGAAGCGGCAGCGGCCCUGCAAGGUAGAACCGCUAGUGAAGAGACGGUUGCGCUCCAGGCGGAGAAUGCCCAACUGCGUGAACAGCUGGAGAUGCUACGGGAGGAAGUGGCUCGCCUGCGCACGGAUGUGGAACAAGUUCGCACUCCGACUCGAUCCACGGAAGACAGGAGCGUGGAAGAGUUCAAGUCUUCGAUUAUGCUUGACAUCGGUUUUAUGAUCGAUGCCAAGCUGAAGAACUUGGAAGGCCGUCUCUUGCCCGAGAAAAGGAUGCGCCCUCCGCUGAGGUCGGAUCCUGUCCCCUCGACAAGUCGGUCCUCUCUUCCACCUCCUCCUGUCAUGGCUGCUCCAAAGCAGGCCAAGCAGACUGAGCCCACGCAGAGUUCUGGUGCCCCUGCGAAGAAGAAGAAGGGUAAAGGACCCAAAAAGGUCACAACCCCGAAUCCGCUGCCUCCACCGCCGCCGCCUUCAUCAACCCAAAAUGGGGAGACGUGGGCUACGGUGGUGAAGCGCGGGGGAAAAAAGAAGAAGGUUGCAAGCUCACCUGCGACACAACCGGCGAAGUCCAACUCUGCCCCCGCUAAGGAGAGUACCAAAUUGAAGCCAAAGCCUAAGAAGAAGGUCAAACUGCGCCCGCCUCGUACAGCUGCCGUGGUCAUCACGUUGCAGCCUGAGGCUGUGGAGCAGGGCCUCAGCUACGAUAAGGUACUCUCUAGUGCGAGGGACAGAAUCCAGCUGAAGGACAUCGGUAUAGCCGGACUCAAGUUCCGGCAAGCCGUGACGGGGGCACGUGUCCUUGAAAUUCUCGGACAAGAGAAUGAGGAGAAGGCGGACCGGUUAGCCUCCAAAUUGAAGGAAGUCCUACCAAGCUCUGUCCGAGUGGCGCGCCCAACAAGAUGUGUGGAUCUGCGCAUCACAGGCCUUGAUGAUUCUGUCACCAGGGAGGAUAUCGCAGCUGCAAUCGCUGAAACAGGUAAAUGCCCAUCGGAGCAAGUGAAGGUGGGCAUUAUAAAGGAUGGACUGUUCGGUGUUGGCAGUGUUGUGGUGCAAUGUCCUGUUGUGGCUGCAAAAACCCUGGUGGACAGCGGACGUCUAUUGGUUGGAUGGAGUUCAGCCCGGGUGCAGUCGCUGGAGCCAAGGCCCAUGCAAUGUUUCCGGUGCCUUGAGAUUGGUCACACUGGUCGGCAAUGCCAGUCAACGGCAGACCGCAGCCAGUUAUGCUUCCGGUGUUGCAAACCGGGGCAUAAAUCAGUGGACUGCACAGAAGGUCUUCAUUGCCCAUUGUGCCAUGAAGCAGGCAGACCGUCGGGACACGCUAUUGGUGGGAGACAAUGCGUGCGCCCAAAAAAGAAAGGACACAAUACAGCUGCAAGGACCCCAGCUGGACAGCCCCGGAAGCCGCCUCCACGGGCGAUGGACACCGGUAAUUAA